AUGAGUUCAUCAUUUCCAUCAAUGAAACCAGAUGUGACCCUUUCUUUAACCAUACCAUCCUCUAAUCCUUCACACUCGUUUAAGCCCGAAGAACGAAGUGUCAAACUCAUCCAACUCUUGCUAACUUGUGCCAAUCAUGUAACAUCUGGCAAUAUCCACCGUGCGGACACAUGUCUCCGCCGCAUAUCACAGUUGGCGUCUGUCACAGGUGACUCCAUGCAGCGGUUGGCUGUUAGGUUUGCCGUUGCAUUGGCAAACAGGAUAAUUAGACGUUGGCCUGGGGUUUAUAAGGCCCUAAAUCAUUCAGAGCCCAUUAGCCCGAACCUAGGUUGGGCUCGUGAGGCUCACUCUAUGUUUUCCAAAUCAUUUCCUUACAUGACAUGUUCCUAUGUUGUGUUAACCCAAACCUUGUCUAAAGCUAUGUCUUGGGACCGUGUCAUCCACAUCAUUGACAUGGGUUCUGGUGAUCCACAACUAUGGGCCCAACUUCUAACUAAGCUUUGUCAUGGCCCAAUGGGCCCGCCCGAGGUCAAGAUCACUUGUGUUAGUAUUAACAAGAAGUUGCUAGAUGAUUUGGGCAUCAUACUUAUGAAAGAGGCUAAAAGCUUGGAUAUGAUAUUCCAAUAUAAUCCUCUAAAUGUCACACUAAUGGACCUUACAAAAGACAUGCUUGACAUAAGGCCCGGUGAAGCGUUGGCAUUUGUAUCAAUACUAAACCUUCACGUAUUAUUAGCGGAUGACGAUCAUGUUGACAUGCAUUUCAAGGUCAACGGGGACAAAGAUCCAACAAACGAAAAUAAAAAGAUAUCAGAGUUCUUAAGUAUGUUACGCUCGAUGUCACCAAAACUAGUACUGUUAAUUGAACAAGAGUCGGAUCACAACUUAACGAGCUUAGUGGACGGCUUUGUUGAGGGAUUACAUUACUAUAGUGCGGUCUUUGAUUCAAUUGAUACCAUCUUCAACAUUGGUGAGAUCUCGGGUGAAGAUCGAGUCAGGCUCGAGGACGUUGUUGGGAAAGAAAUCUUGAACAUAGUAGCAUGUGAAGGGUUGGAGAGAGUUGAGAGACACGAAAGAAUAGCUAGGUGGGCUGUUCGAUUAUCACGGGCCAGGUUCAAGCCCGUGAACUUGUGGCUGGGAGCUAUGGAGGAAGCCCAACAAGUAAUAGAGGGUUGUGGGCCGGUUGGUUAUAAAGUCGUUACUCACAGACCCGGUUUGAUGAUUUGUUGGCAUGAUCGGCCCAUCUAUUCAAUUUCGGCAUGGAUUAUUUAA